CUGGGCAACGGUAGGCAAGAUGAUUUAUAAACAAAAAAUGAGCUUACAAAAUGCCAAUUAUUGUAUUGAAUUUUGAGAUAAAAGUUAAUACAUUUACAACUAAACUGUAGUGCGCAAUUUAUAAAGUUAGAUACAAAGUAAAUAACGCAUACGACGACCAUGGCUUCAAUGCGGGAUCAAAAAAUCGAACAGCAACGGCAAAUGAUGGAACAGAAGAUGAAACAGAAACGCCAGAAUUCUGGAUUGGUUCAGGCAAACGAUCUCAGGGUAGGGUCUGCGAAACGUCCAAUAUCAGGCAGCCGUUCCCGGGAGCUCCAUGGCUAUGAUGGUCCGAUGCAAUUUCUUAUGUCGCCAGUCAAUCCGGACCAAGUUAUACCUCUUCAAACAAAUAGAAUAUCAACCUUUGAUGAGCUAGGCAAUCAGAUCGAAGUCCUGACGGUUGGUGAAGGUGAUGGUAGCGGUGAGGAAGAUGAAGAGAGCGUCCCAGUAUGUAGCGUCGGACGGGACGCUAGUACCGACGAUGUGUGCGCCGACGCAGCUGUCGCGCCGUUACACGAUAAGCCGCGAAGGGACAGUUCACCCACACAGGUUUACCAGAAGUGGUGUAAAACCAAAAGCAAAAGCAAAAAAAAGAAAGAUAAAGCGCAGGCGCCAAAGUUCGCUUCAAAGGCUCCGGAAAUUGAGGGUUCAGUGGAAGGUGCAGUGGAACAGUUUGUGGUAACACCAGCUAAACAUGGCACGCUGUACAAAUGUCGCAUCGCCAGGGAUCGGAAGGGCAUGGACAGGGGCCUCUACCCUACAUACUUCUUGCACCUCGAAAAGGACUAUGGCAAGAAAGUGUUUUUGCUUGCCGGUGAGUAA